AUGACAGCACCAUCUCUUGCAGGUCAGAAAGCAGUAGAAGAAAUGUUAGAGGAGCUUAUGCGAUGCUUGAACGAUGCAAAAACAUUCCUUGAUGCUACAUUUUCAAGAAAUGAGAAGGGCAUUUUAAAGGUAUUACUGGAUUUGGGUGAUGAGAUAUGGGCCAAAAGAAAAGAGCCCAGCGGUCUCGAAGCUGUGGAGGUGCAAUGGCAGAGAAAACAAGAGCUGGAGAUGAGGAAUCUCUCGAAAAUCUUAACAAGCGUUGGUUUUGGUGGAUGGAGUGGACGUGAUAGCUGUGAAGCUGUGGCGGCUGGGGGUGGUGAAGUAGGAGACGAGGCUGGUGGAGGUGAUGGAAGCAGAGGAGUUCUGAUUGCUGGGUGGAGGUUUUGCCAGGGUCAAAUUUCAGGUUUUUGCUAUGGUGAUGUAAGUCGUGGUUUUCAUGCUGAGUACUGGUGUAAUGAGAAUCUUAAUGGUGUUGAUCCCAAGAUGAAGUUCAUUUACAAGCGCAGGAAACUACAAGUUGGAUGA